UUUUAUAAUUUUGUUGUAGUCAUUAUCUCAAAGAGAGAAAGCUAUCCGCCAUGUCUGAUGAGGAGCACCAUUUUGAGUCGAAGGCAGAUGCAGGGGCAUCCAAGACCUUCCCGCAGCAAGCUGGUACCAUUCGAAAGAAUGGCUACCUAGUCAUCAAAUCCCGCCCUUGCAAGGUUGUUGAGGUCUCCACUUCAAAAACUGGCAAGCAUGGGCAUGCUAAGUGUCACUUUGUGGCAAUUGAUAUUUUCAAUGGGAAAAAGCUUGAAGAUAUUGUUCCUUCCUCUCACAACUGUGAUGUUCCUCAUGUUAAUCGCACUGACUACCAGCUGAUUGACAUCUCGGAAGAUGGUUUUGUAUCUCUUCUCACUGAAAACGGGAACACCAAAGAUGACCUGAGGCUUCCCACGGAUGAUACUCUGCUUGGCCAGAUUAAAGGUGGAUUUGAUGAAGGAAAGGAUCUUAUUUUGACUGUUAUGUCUGCAAUGGGAGAAGAGCAGAUCUGUACAGUGAAGGACAUUGGUAAAACUAAUUAAGUCGCAUGGUUUCCAACUCUAUCGUGCUAUAGCGAAAGCUUCAUCUGUUUUAAGGGAUCCUUGUUCGCAGAACCUGAACCUUGUUGGUUGGACUUUAGACAAAAGUGCGGGCAACUCAUGUAGUGAAGGAUCUGCAGCAGCAGUGGAUUGAGAUUUUUACCCUUUUUGGUUAUGUUUUAUUUCUGUGCUUAACUGUUGCAGUUAAAUUCAAUCUUAUGGGCAUGAUUCCUUUCCUUUUGAAGAAACUGGCAUUAUGAAAGAA